UUCACUAGGAAGUAGUAUUUUUUUAUUCCGCUCUUCUACACACGUCUCUAUCUCUAUUUUGUAUUUUUGUUUUUUUUUGCAGAAGCGGACCCGACCUCGCACUGCUUAAAUAGCCUAGAAAGGAAGCGAAUAUUCAGCUGAAAUGAUUUUCCAUUCGAGGAUUGUUUACUCUGUUGGCAUUUGGUGCUUGUGAUCGCCAUCUCGUCCAGGAGAUAAGGCAUUUCUGCACUUUCCCCAUCAUCUUAUCGCCACUGCCAUCUCUAUUGUCUGAAGCCGGGGGGUCACGAGACGUCACGAGACGUGUUUUAUUUUUUUUUAUUUUUUUCCAAUCUAUUCCAAAGUCGAUUAUUUCGGAAAAAAACAAUCUGCUCGACUAAUAUACACUAAUCUAGCCGGUAUAUAUACAGAUUAAAGAUAGUUUUGCGGCUCUAGCAGCUGAUUUGUGUCAGACUCUAUCAGGCUCGUGAGUAAACGAAGUGAUGUGCAAAGAAGAUGUUGCAUGAAAAAAGCCAAGGAAAGACACACGAGUAGAGGAAAGAGUUGGAGUGAGGACUUCAAGGCCAUCAGGAGUUUUGUUUUUUGGGGUUUUUUUGGGACCUGUCAGCAUAUUACGGAGCUGUAAAAGUUCAGAACAGCUCACAGAAACAACAACAACAACAAAAAAAAAGGUGGUGAAAAUGAUGCUGAGCCCAGACCAGACGGAUCCCGAGCUGCCAUGGAGUCACUCGGACGCCGAAAGUGUGUUAAGUGACAUGAAGGCCGGUUGCAUGUCCGAGGAGCUGACCACGGACGCCGAGGGGAAAUCCAAAGCCCUCGCGCAGCAGCCGCUCACCCGCGAGGAGAAGCGACGGCGCAGGCGCGCCACGGCCAAGUACCGCUCGGCGCACGCGACUCGAGAACGCAUCCGCGUCGAGGCGUUCAACGUGGCUUUCGGCGAGCUGAGGAAGCUGCUGCCCACCCUGCCUCCUGACAAGAAGCUCUCCAAGAUCGAGAUCCUCAGACUGGCUAUUUGUUACAUCUCCUAUCUGAACCACGUACUGGACGUUUAGUCGGGAGAAUGGACAAGAUUUUGAAAAAAUUGAAACAAACAAAAAAAAAAUAUUGAGAUGAAAUUUCUUUUGUUGAUAUAGACUUAGGUAAACUUUACCUGCUUACUCGAUAACUAAUCGGCCAAGUGUUAGACAGACUUUAGGUGUUUAGGCUGACUACUUUUUUGAUGGUUUUGAUUUGAACGUAGAGCCGCUUUAAUGCCCCCCUUUAAACAUAUGGUGAGUGCUCCAAGAGUCGUGCACCAUUUAAAAACAGACUGCGGUCCCUGCUGUAGGCUAGACGUCCAAAUAGAGAUGCAAUAACGCCGAGAGGGACUUUAAAAUCACUUGAAUAAUCUUACAACAGUGUGGACAAGCAGAGAGAGCAGGCUAUUGACCACCAGUUGCACUGAGAUUGAACAUAAACUAGACUAGCUGCCUCGUGCAUCUAACACGUUUCUUUUUAUUUAUUUAUUUAUUUAUUUUCCAAUGAGGGGAAAAAGAAAUCAAAACAAAAUACAUAUAAGUGCCACUUAAAAUGUAUUUAUUUAUUUAUUUAUUUGCACUUUUCCCAAUUAAUUCAUUAAUUCCCUAAUCUGUUUGGUUUCUUUAUUAUUAUUAUUAUUAUUAUUAUUAUUAUUAUUAUUAUUAUUAUUAUUAUUAUUAUUAUUAUUUAUUUUUUAUUUUAUUUUCAUAUUUUAUUUUAAUAUUGUACAAUAAUGCUGGGUGUUUGUAAUGUAGUCUAUCGCGUAAACGACGUUACCUUAUGUGUUAGACUGUGACGUUAAAAAUUUUCACACACACACGCGCGCGCGCGCGCGCACACACACAAGAAGUUUAAAAAAGAAAAAAGAAAAAGAUAUGACUGCACUUUUUGGCUGUUUAUUUAUACUUUAUAUAUUUUGUGAUGGAAAAAUACAUUUCUUAGAGAUUAGGCUACUCUGAAAAGAAAAAAAAAAUAGAUUUUUCCCCCCCUUAGUCUCCAAGUCUCCAAUUCUGAAGUAAUGGUAAAGUCGUAAGGCUGCUAUGUCAGCUUUGAAGGAAAAAAACUAAAAUGCAAAAAAAUAAAAUAAAAUAAAAAAAUAAACAGUAAAACACGUGUUACU